CGUUGGCAAAGUUAUGGGAGUUCAAGAUGACGAUCUACCCAGGCUAUUAAACAUUGAAAAAAGUCCGAGAAUGGUUGGUGGAAUUGUAAGAAAACAUCUGGAUAAUUCAGAUUUUGGAGGAAGUUGGAUAGAUGUAAAGAAGGAUAAAAUAUUUAUCAAUGCAGUAGAUCCUAGUAAAAGUGAAGAAAUAAAAUCCAUACCUGAGAUAAAACCAUAUGUAAGAUUUUUAGAAAUUGAAAUAGCACCUAAUUCUCUAGCUAAUUUGAGUUCAUCGUUUGAACAAAUAAUUCAAUUAGCCAAAAACAAGAAAGCAGUUGAUGUUUAUCUUUACGUUAAUAUAAGUAUAAAUAAUGUCGUUCUGAGAUUUAUUUAUCAACCUCCUGAACAACAUACUACAAAACGUCAGAAUGGAGUUCGCGUAAGUGCUAUAGGUAAAACGUAUUAUUGUGGAGAUGGUGUUUAUAGAAAAGCUGGACAGUAUCUAUGUUCAGUGGGAUUUUUUGAAAGAGAUAAAAAAGAUCCAAAUCCAUUAAAACUUUAUAUUGUGACUGCAGGGCAUUGUCAUAAUCCUGAUAAAUUGGAUUCUGAGAGCUUUGCAACCGAAUUGAUCAUCACAGAUAUAGUAGCCGGCCAUGAUUUUCGACGAGAUUUUUAA